CGCGAGGCGUGGUGAUGGUUGGGGAAGCGCUUCUAACCACCGCACUUCGAUCGCUCUCUCCUUCCCCAAAUCGAUUGAUCGAUCGAUCGAUCGAGGUGAUCGAUCGCCGCGUUUCUCGUGCGAUUUCUUCGAAUCCGCGGUCGAUUUGAUCCACCGGUUGAGGCAUUUGAUCGAAUGGGAGUGCGCAGGUGAGGCGGAGAUGCGUGGGUUUUAGUAGGGUUUUGAGGUGGUGAGCUUUUGGAGGAGAGGGGGAGCGGCGGGAGAUGGGGAGGGUGAAGAGGAACAAGGAGGAGAUUGCGGAGGAUUACUGCUUCGCUUGCAAGGAUGGGGGCCAUCUCCGUGUCUGCGACUUCAAGAGCUGUCUGAAAGCUUACCAUCCUCAAUGUGUGGGAAAGGAAUCUUCUUUCCUUGAAACAGAUGAACAAUGGAACUGUGGUUGGCACUCGUGUUUUAUCUGCAAAAGGAGUUCGUUUGUGCAAUGUUUCUGUUGUCCGAGCUCUGUGUGCCGCAAAUGCAUCAGAGAAGUUGAGUUUGUGCAAGCUAAGAAAAAGACAAAGGGCUUCUGUAAUAAUUGUUUAAGGCUGACAAUCUUGAUAGAGAAAAAUGUUGAUGUUGAUUCUGAUGGGGGUAAAGUUGAUUUCAAAGAUUCAGAAACUUAUGAGUUUCUGUUUAAGGACUACUGGGCUAUAGUAAAAGAUAAGGAACAUUUAUCAUUGACUGAUCUUCAAGUGGCCAAUGCUCUUCUCAAAGGAGGUAAAAGCUAUACAAGUGAAUCAGAUUCAGAUAGGUGUUCUGUAGAGCAGCAAACGUAUGAGGAUGAUGACUUGCAAGAUAAUUCUGAUGAUGAGACGUCCUUUCUUGCAAAUCUGAAAAGGAAAAAGCGGAGGAAAGUAAAAGCACCUAUUAAAAGAUGCAAGUCCAAGAAGAAAACCUAUGUUGGGUGGGGUUCGGAAGAGCUAAUAGGAUUUCUUUCAUCUAUCGGUAAGGAUACAAAAGAACCUAUAACGCAAUUGGACGCGUCUGAAAUUGUAAAGGAUUACAUCCAAUCGAACAAUCUUUUGCAUACUAAUAAGAAGAAAAAGAACGUUAUAUGUGAUGAGAGGCUUCUUUCCCUAUUUAGGAGGAAAAAACUGAAGCUUCAUAAAAUCUACAGCUUGCUGGAAAGCCACUUUGCUGCUAAUGGUGAUUCAGAUGAUGAAAUUUCACUCAGUUCAGAAGAAGAAGAUAACAUGGUUUUACGGGAGAAGAAGAGGAACAUCAGUUCUGAAUUCAAGGUUAAGAAAUCCAAUUCAAAUUAUUACAGGGAAAAGUUUUUGGGGUCAAUGAAAAGUUCCUCUGCUUCAAUUAUAGAAGAAAAUAUUAAGUUAGUCUAUUUGAAAAGGUCUUUAGUCAUUGACCUUCUGAAGUACCCUGAAAACUUCGAGCAAAAAGUUGUUGGCUGCUUUGUCAGGGUUAAGAGAGAUCCUAAAGAUUUUUACAACAUGCCGCAAAAAGUAUACCAGCUUGGGCAGGUUAAUGGUAUUAAGAAGGUUACUGAGACUUAUAAGAUAGGGGAGUUGAAAACAGAUGUCGUACUGUGUAUUUCCAACAUGGUAAAAGACGUUCAAAUUUCUAUGCUGUCGGAUGAUGACUUUGAGGAGGAAGAAUGUGAAGAUCUCCGCCAGUUGGUGAAGGAAGGUCUUUUGGAAAGGCCUACUGUUGGACAGCUUGAGGAAAAGGCGAAAAGUGUACAUGCGGAUAUUAUAAGUCAUUGGAUUGAUAGAGAACUUGUGAGAUUGCAAAGGUUGAUAGAUCAAGCAAAUGAGAAGGGUUGGCGCAGAGAGCUGUAUGAAUGCAUUGAUAAAAGAGAGCUACUUCGGACACCAGAAGAAAGACAGCGACUUCUUAAAGAGAUACCAAAAGUAAUUGCAGACAUAGAAGGAGAAAUUAGAGACACAACCUGCUCAUCUGAAGAUCAUGAAGAAACUAAAGAUGGAAAUGUCACCAAUGUGAACUCUCCGCAAAAAGUUUCAGCAGUGAAAAGAGCUGACUCCGGCGAAAAUGCAGCAGCAGAAGGACCUGAAGAAACCAACCCACGUAAUUCGAGCUUAUGCAAUGAGAAUUGCGACGAUCGCCAUAAAGUGAUCGAAAUCGCAGGAAGCAAAGAAAACCCAAAGCGUAACAAGGCAAGAAAAGCGCUAGCUGUCGACCUAGCCGAAGAUGAUGACAGCUUGAUUACCUUGGAGAAAAGCAAGCCCUCCACAACCUUCAAGGUGAUAUCCAAUCAAGUGAUCUGCGAGAGCGACACUGUGUGGCACUACAUUGACCCGCAAGGAAAAGGACAAGGACCAUUUUCAAUGGCCAUGCUAAGGGAGUGGAAAGAAGGCGGUUUCUUCGACAGUAAUUUCAAAGUUUGGCGAACAGGCCAAUCCCCAGAGAACUCCAUUUUGCUGCGAGAUGCGCUUCGACUUACUAUAAAGAUCGUCGACUAGGGAUAUAAAUCUAUAUAUAUAGUAAUGUGUAAAUCCCGAACUAUAUGUUACUAUCUAACCAUAUUCUGUAGGCUCUAUUCUGAUCUUAUGUAAAGUGCUAGUGUUAGCAUUUGUAAAGGAAGGGAUAUUGGUUUUGUUUGGUGGUCCAACCUGGGGGAUUUUUUGGCAAACACAACCCUUAACAAUUCUGAUUCUGCAGCUUUAGUCCAGCUUUUUGUAUUUUUGUACUUUUGGACCAAAUUUCUCUUCUAUGGACUGUAAAUAUUGCUAAUAUUCCUCGUGAUGAAUGAAUAUAUGCAUUAAAAUUUUGAUUUUA